AAUGAAGUAGAAUGUGUGUCGCAGUGACAGACUUAUAAAAGUACUCGUUCGUCAGUGAUAAAUCAAUAGACUCACAAAGGUUGCAGUGCUACAACUUCGCAACUACCGUAGAUCUAUAUGUUGGAACUAGACUUUACUAGACUAUGACUGCUACAAAAUGAAGCGCUUGUUGGGAGAAAAAAAAUACUUAUCUUGGUUGAAUAUUUUUGGAAUGGUUGCAUAUAGAUCUUUGGGCAUUUCGGAUUACUGUAGGCCUUAUUUGCCAAUGACUAGUUUUCCCGUUAGAUACGGUAUAGAGAUAGACUACUUUAGAUAUACAUAUUUUAGAUCUAAUCUUAUCUUAUAUGAUACAGACGUUACUUCAAAAAAAAGAAGAUGAUUACGACCUACGCGUCAUGCAUUUUAACCAAUGACCUAAACUCCGCCAAGUCACUGGUUUUCCUGGCUAGCUCAGGCAAACCAUUCCAUGCUCUAAUAGCGCUAGGGAAGAAGGAGCUUUUGUACAAAUUUGUCCUAGCAUAUGGAACGAGGAAUGUGCCUUUAUCUAGAAUGAAGCCAAGGAAGUGAUCUCAAUGUUUGUCAAGGAGGAUGACAAAGUUUCUGAUGUGACUCAAAAUCUUUUCUCUAAACUUCAGCUCAAUAGUAAUGAGCUAAUUCUACGGUUGCGAAAUGAAAAAGGUUCACUUAUACCCUUGAAUGGAAAAAUUGUUAACUUAGCUAAUUCAAACCAUAGAGCAUUUACAUUAGAAGUGGUGCGUCGUUUUCAGUCAGUGCAACCCAAGCCAAACUCCUUGGAACUGACACAGUAUGCAGAGUCUUUGAAGAACAAACUAAUGGAUAUCCAAGAAAGGAUAUCAGAUGUUGAGGCCAGUAUGGAAAAUAUGCAUAAACGGAGGAAAGAAAAAAUUUCCCAGGAAAUUUCCAAAAUUGAUAGCACAGUAAGUUUCCUGAAGAAGAGAUUAGAGGAGUCAGAGACUAUUGAAUGGAGAGGGAUGUUUGUCAAGAAUCCACUGUGGUGAUGCCAGGGCAUAUGUGAAGAAUCCACUGUGGUGAAGCCAGGGCAUAUGUGAAGAAUCCACUGUGGUCAUGUUAAAGCGUAUGAUGUUUGUUAAGCAUCCACUGUGAUGAUGUCAGGGCAUAUUAGGGUUGUGCAGACAUUUGAUCAUGGUAUAUUUGUGAAGUAUCCACUGGUCUGAAGUUUUGACUUGUUGCUAUUAUGAAGAACCCACUGGGUGGACAUUAGGACAUGUAAGCAAGACAAAUGUUUGAAGAUACUGAAUGUUUUUGUUUUUUUAAUUAACCUAACAUUCUGUUAUUCAAGUACUGUAAAAAGAGCUAAAUGAAGUUCAGAAUUGUGAUUAAAGCAAAUGUGGAUAUUGUGAGGUUACCACAAUGACUACUAGUCAUUUUCUAUUUCAACUCUUAUAGCCAGAAAUAUUCUGCAAAACAAGGAUGUCAAUUUUUUGUUAACAGCCAUACCCUGGCUCCCCCCACCCCCCCAAUAUUAUGAUAUUAGACUGUCAUUGUUGUUGAUUUAUUUAUUGUACAUAAGAAAUGUUUAUAUAAGGAUUAGUGUAAACUGUUAAGUUAUUUUAUUAUCAUUAUAUUAUUAUUUUUGUUAUUUUUUAAAAAAAGGAAAUAAUAACAAAAUUAGCUAAUAAGAUAAAAAGGUGUGUAUUUUUUUAAAUUAAAAAACAUUACAAGUGAAUUUGUCCAUCAGCAUUUGAUAGUGUUUUUGUUGAACAUUUGUAUGAAAAAUAAUUGUGAUGGAGGAAUAAGUUUUAAAAGUGUGAUUUUAUACAAGAGAGAAAGUGUUUAAGUGCAGUAUUAGACAAACAUUUUGGAAGUGAUGAUCAAAGCUCAAAUUUUUUUUUUUUUUUCGCUCUUGUUAUGCAGCUAAAUCUAAUCUAUAAAACUACAUUAAAUCUAAUCUAUAAAACUACAUUUUAAACUCACACACUCAUUUCAUCCUAUUCAUAUCAAACAUGAAUUAUAUUUUCCAAACAUUUUCAGUAUUACAUCUAACAGGCAAAUGUUUUGCUUAUGUUUUUCAAAGUUUGUUAGGAAGGAGUCAGAGAAGUAUAGAUAUUACAUUUUUAUUUAGAACAGAUUUUUCAUGUAACAAAAAAAGUAUUUACUCAAUGUAGUCUUUAGAAACAAAGGUUCAGUUAUAACUUUAAAAACAGUGUAUUUCUAGUUAAUUAUAAUCAUUGUUCUUGUGUAUUGUUUGUUUUUAAAUUAUGAAAAUUUGCUUGUCAAAGAAACCUUGUACAUAAAUAUAAAACUCUUGUAUUGCCAAGUGACAUUUAGAAUAGAUUUUAUCUCAAGAGACAAUCAAGGCUUCCAAGAUACCAAUUGACUUACUAGGUCUCAUUGUUGUUGCUAGGGGAACAAUAUUGUGAUAAUAAAGAAUCUCUAUUGUCUUUUUACAAAAGCAUUUAAUUUUCAUUUCUCCAACUUUCCAGCUACAUUGAAUGCACCAUCUAAUCAAAGCUGACAAUAAUUUAAAUUAUUGCGCAGUUAGCUCUCUUUUUUUGUCUUUUGCAUGUUUUAAAAAUGUUUUACAUGUUUCUGAUGUUCCUUCAGAGUUGUAGAUAAUGUACUUCCUAGUCCAAACCUCCUACAGGACGACAAGGAAUGGCAGCAGGCAGGGUAUGAACCCAUGUCCUUGAAGAUGACCAAACAACAAUCCAGCACUCAUACUGCAUUACUAGGCACCCAUCCUAUGAAAUGGUUUCUUUUUUUUUAAUUAUUUAUUUUAUUUAUUUUUUGAAAGAUGUUACUAUUACAGUAAUGAAAACCCACCUAUCAUUUGCAAGCUUCUAGUGUCAUAAAAAUUAUAGUGUACAAAAUGUACUUUGUUACUGAGAAAUGAUUUAAAAAAAAAUACUGCUAGAUAUAUUGAAAAUUAGUACUAGAAUAGAUAUGACCCAUUUUGCAUGGUUGUUUUAUGUUUUAUUUUAGUUAUGUGAUAAAAGAAAAAAACAACUCUCAUCAGCUACUGGAUCAUUUUAAAUCUUUAAGACUAGUGCAUUUUAUUACUCAGCGGUUUUAGCCAAGAGUUAGCUUUUUUUUUUUCUUCAAAUCAUAAAAUGCAUUUUGUUAUGAUAAAAUUGUGAUAAAUUAUUCCUAUACAAAAGUAAGGGUUGAUAUUAAACUAAAAAGAUAUUUUGCAAUCAGAAUGAUUUUAUACACUUCAAAGUAUUGCUCAUUGAAUAAACAGAGCUAGACUUUUGCCCAGGUACAUUAAGCAGAUGCAUAAAGUCUUGACUUUCAACAUGACCAUAAAUAGCAAGUUAUUUUAAGAAACUUAAGAGACUAUAUAUUGUUUCUUUUUAUAAAUUUUGUUGUUUCUUGUUUUGUAAUAAUUAAUGGAAACAUUUGCUUAGCAUAAACAUGAAUCUUACAUUGACAGUUUCAGUAAAAAAAAAAGCUAUAGAAAGGACUAGCAGUUCCAUUUUUUAAAAUGGACGGGGAGAAAUUUUUCAUAAUUCAUUUUUAGCGGCUCCCAAAAGUGAAAAAGAUGCUAUUAGUUUUGUGUGGUCUGUCUGUCCAUCCAUUCCAUUUAGAUCUCGUAAACUAGAAAAGGUAGUGAAAAUCUGACAUCAUAAUAUUUUAGACCCUUUAAAGUUCUGAUGCAAAUGGCUACUUUUUUCUUUUCUGAAAGCAAAAACUCUUAUUUUUAAAUCACUUAUGCAAGCAGUUUUUUCAUAAAAUUACACCACUUUUACAACUAUUCACUAUUAAUAGUAACAAACACGGGAGGCUCUUUAGUAGGGGAGAUAACUAUUUACCAUAUAUUUUAGAAUUUUGGUAAAAAAACAUUUUUUUUUUUUUACAUUUGUAUUGCUAAGUUAAGUAAGUUCUGUUAUACUAACUACUACAUUUACACAAAAAAAUGUUUACUUUUUUUAAGAGAAAAAAAUCUAUUUAGUAUGCAUAUAAGUUGGACAUAUUUUAAAACAACAAUUAAUAAGUAGUUUUUCAUAUUAUUGCGUGAACUGCAAUGUAUAUAUACUGGUCUGCGAUAGAAUUUCAUUCUGAAAAUAUACCUGCCUGGGCGGACCACUUUGGGGGCUGAUUUUGAGUUUGUGUCUCCACACAAACUGUCCUUGUAACCUUGUUAUUUUUUAUGGUUAACUUUAUUAUUGAUCAACCAACUUUAAAAAAUAAAGUGUUAUACACUUUGGGCUCCUUUUAUCUUCUGAAAUUGAAAAAGAAAAUAUAAUAGUUAUUUUUGAGAUUUGGAUUACCAUAUUUACCUGAGCCACAUUUGUUUUUGUUUUUUUUAUAAUUGUAUGUUUUUAAAACUGAAAUAAAAUAACUAUCUAUGAAGUAUAGAUUUCAUUAUAUUGAAGGCAUGUUCCUGAGCAUGUAAGAACUGUUUCUAUCAGCAUUUCGAUUUUUUGUUUUUGUUUGAUACUUUAGUAGCAUUAAAAUUAAUUUUAUUUUGCAAAGUCAUCAUUUUCAGGUCAUGAAUAUAUAGACAAAUUGUAUCACAAGAGUAGCAAUAAUAAUUUAUUGUCUUUUUUAAAGAAUAGUAUGGGUAAUAUUUGUAACAUCUCAUGAAUAAAAUUGAAAGCUGGUUUAAAUAUGUACCUUGCUAACAAAUAUUUUUAGCACUUCAUAUCAAAUUAAUGACCAUUCAUAUUUUUUUCUAUUCAUUAUUUAAAAUACCUUAUCACUUUAUAAAUCUAAUGAAACUAUAUUUCUAUUAAUUAUGAGUCUAAAGAUUGCAAGGUCAGAAAGGUGACUCUUCCUUAGUGAUGAAUCUGAUGUAUGAGAGUAGUGCUUCUUCUUCCCUAGUGCUAUUAGAGCAUGGAAUGGGUUGCGUGAAUCAGCCAGUGACCUAACAGAUUUUCAGUCUCUAAUUAACAUGCACGACGAGAUGAACACAUGGAUACAUGUUGGACAUGAUUAUCUUCUUUUAAUAAUGGAAGUCUUGUAAUUUUAUAAGAUAAGAUAAGAUAGUUUUUGUUGUGUUUUUCUCUUAAGUAUAAGAUAUUACAUUCUUGUACUCUGUACUGAUAUUAUAAAAACAUAUUUUGACUUAAUGUACAUACUAUGCAGAAAAUUUGUGUACCAUCCUUAAAUCUUCACUUGCUAGCUGUAGGCCUAUUAUAAUAUGUAAUCUUAUGUACCAUAAAGUUAUUACAGUGGCUGAGUAUUAAAAUGCUUGGAUUCCAAACCUGGGGUCCAGGGUUCAAUCUUUAGUGAACACUUGGAUUUUGAAUUUCGGGAUUUUUAUGACACCUCUGAGUCCACCCAACUCUAAAGGGUACCUGACUUUAGUUUGGAAAGUAAAAGCGGUUGGUCAUUGUGCUGGUCACAUGACACCCUGCUCGUUAACCUUGGACCAAAAAAACAGAUGAACCUAACAUCAUCUGCUCUAUAGAUUUCAAAGUCUGAAAGGGGAACAUUACUUUUUUCUUUCACUUGCAUGUUUAAAAAUAGUUAAUGUUAUGUUUCAUUGCGCAGCCAUUCUUGGUAAGUUAGUUAAUUUUGCCUAAUACAUGUAUCUAUUUUAUUGAGAGAUUUAAAUCUAUAGACUUGAUGGCUCAAUAAUUUUAUUAAUUGAGUGGGCAUGAUCAAGCCAGUCCCUAAAGUAUCUUUACUUAUCCCAAUAAUUGUCAGACACACAUUGAUGUUAAAGGACUCAACUCAAUGGUACCUUUAAAUAAUCAAAUUAGUCUAACUGCAUUUGAGCUUGUAGUUCAUGCACCUUUAUAGGUCAGUGCCCAAUCUGUUUUUCAGCCUAGAAGGAAGUAAGCAUAGACAUUUUCUAAACAUGUCACUAGCCCACAUAAUUCUAAAAUGUAGCUGAAUGUAGCCUGAAGGCACUGCUCUAUAUAUGUUUUGUCUUCCAUUCAAAAUAAUCCUAUAUGAAAUGUGUAUUUCCACCUUGUUCUCUUUCAUCAGGUAUAUACAGGAUAGAUAAUGACAUGGCUUCAGAUAGUGUUUUAAACACUUAAAACACAUGACAACUUUUUUUCUCUCUUUGUGAAACAAAUUCAUUACUGCUUUAGACAAUAUUUUAGCAUCAGAUGAUGUUGACACACUGCAUGAUCAUUCAUUUGAGUUUGACUCGAAAUUUGACAUUAGCUAAAAAAAAAAACACCACCAC